UCUUCAGCAACGGUUCCACAAGGGGGUGAAUCACUCCAUUUAUGCUAUACGGAUGCACGGGUGCUACCCAUACGUGCUUCAGCUAUAAACGGCGAGAUCCAGCACAGCCGUAGCCAACUCAAGCUUAAUAUUAGCUCCGAGCUUCAAGGUUUGCUAAUUGCCAAAAGAACUCCCAUCUUCAUCCGCGGAUUUUCCAGCUUUCCGCUUACAAUUCCAUAUUUCCUGUUUCUAUAGUUCGAAUCCGUGCGAAUUAAUCGUGAUUUCACCAAUCCUUAUGGUUUCACCUGUCGCUUAGCUGUUUAACACAGUUGUAUUUAGUUUGAAUUUCUGCUGGCGAAAAAUUGGAUCAGUCUUUAAGGUUUCUUCAUGCAACCUGUGGUGGUUUUUUGUGUGUGUUUGAAAUGAUUGAAUUGGGUUUUCUUUAGGGUUCUUAUAGGUAGCUUCGUUACCCAUAUGCAAGUAUGUUGAAGUUUAUGUUAUUUUACUUCUGUGUCAACUUCUUUGCUUGUCGUUUCCUUGUGACAAGUGCGUUAACCACUUAAACCUUUAAAAAAUGUUUUUUUGAUAAUCGUUAGAUCGCUUAUAUUCCAGAUAGAAAACUAAGGUCCUAUGCACUACGCAAUGCGAAUACAUAUAAAAAGGAAUUUAGUGUUUGCCCCUAAUGUUAUGAUUUUUAUCCAGUUCGUUGGAGGUUUGAUAUUGACGGUAUUUACAAAUAUGAUACCUCAAUUUUCCGAUAUCCACAAUAGAUCAGUCUUUGACAAUCUGCAGUAUUUAUGGAAUUCAUGGGUUUGGGUUUGGAAAUAUUUCAUGACUUCUGAUGUAGCAUUUGUUUUGUAUGACUCCGUGAUACCAAUAAGAUGCUUUUAUGGGUUCAUCCCUUCUAUUGUUGCAUAUGGAACAUUUGUAUUUAAGAACUGAGAGGUCGUAGCGCUAGCAAAACAAAUUUACCACGCAUGGACAACACCCACCCCCUACCUGCCCUUCUUCUUUCUUUAUUUUGCUUGGCCAAUUCCAAACUAAAGAUCUCUCCCCCAACCCACCUCUAUAGGUAGGCCCAUAGGGCUUUAAGUGAAGCAUAUGUGUUAAACCAUGCUUUCUACGUCAUAAACUUGGAUAUCAGUUUCUCUUUUCCAGAUUUAUCCAUUCCAAUAAGUUUGAGUUUUUGUAAGUGUGCAACUGUCAGACAAGCAAGGGAUUUGUUAGAAACAAUAAGAGAGUAAAACAAAAAGUAGAAUCAAUCACACACGACACAAGAUUUACAUGGUUCAGUAACAUGCCUACGUCCAUGAAGCUGCGAAGGACUUUAUUUAGAUGAAGAUCAAAGAUACAAUACAGUGGUUGUACAAGGAUUUAAUACAAUAUAUAGUAAAUCCUAAUUAGCAGGUUGGGUUGGAUUACGAGUCAAAAAACGGGUCGAAAAAUUUUUCCAGGGACAAUGGCCCAAGCCUCAUUGGAAAUCUACUAAAAACCGCAAAUGAAUCUUUGUCGGGUCAAGCCAUCAAACUGGGCUGCACAUAAACAGAGCUAGGCUCGAUACGAAGAAGAUUAAUAGGGAUGAAUUGUGACCGCUAUUGUGAUUGCCAGGUUAAAUGGAGGAAUCGGCAAAAAGAAGAGUAAGAUUGAAAGCAAUGCGUAUGCAAGCUGAUGAGGCUGAAGUUCCUACAAUUCGUAUGCAAGCUGAUCAGGCUGAAGUUCCUAAUAAUGCUCAAAGAUCUGGAAUGCCUGGUUGCCUCUCCAAUCCAUUGGUUGAAACUGCAACUACGGAAGUGUGGGAGUCAUACGCUCCAAGAUUUGAUUUUUACACGGACCCAAUGUCAGCAUUCUCUGAUAGCAGGAAGAGCAGCAAAGCUGGUAAUCAGAUCGGACCAGAUUGUUUCUCUUCUCAAAGUAAUAAUGGUCCUCCUAUGUCACGGUUCUCACCUUCUCUUCCGGUUUUCAUUCGGUUUGAUAUAGCAGGACCAAGGAAUACAUCUCUUGCUCAUCAAAAUCAGAGUAAUUGGUCACCGAACCAGAUAAUGUAUCAACCACAAGGUAUGGCCAGUCCUCAUCAAAGCCCAGUAGGAACGGCCAGUCCUUUUUCUAUGCAUCCACAAACUCCUGAAUUCUGGAAUGGAUCCACCGGCCCAACUAGCUAUAGUUCUUCAUCUAAUCCAUCUAGAGGCGGCCAUCUUCCAAGCCCUGGCUUUGGACCAAGAGGUAGCCCUUAUUCAAAAACCGGGCAAGGCAGGGGUUAUUGGGCCAGCCACAGUCCAAGCCCUGGUUCACCUCGCCCCACUUCUGGAAGAGGUGGGAGUCGCUGGUAUGGCAGCAGCAGGAGCCCUGGUUUGGGACAAAGUAGUGGACAAGGGCGGGGUUCUCAUGCUCGUUUCUCGGCACCAGGCCGACCGCUGGGUCCAGAGCAGUUUUACUACGAGUCCAUGUUGGAAGACCCAUGGAAGUUUUCGAAACCUGUUAUGUGGCAGAGCAUGCAUGCUUCUGGGAAUUACUUGAACACACCUGACUCGUCCAGGAAUUGGACUACAAAAUCUCACAGCACAAAAAAAGCGAGAGCUUCAGAAGCUUUAAAUAAGUCAAGUAAUCAACCAAGCUUAGCGGAGUACUUGGCUGCUUCGUUUAAAGAAGCUGUUGAUGACGGAGCAAGUACAUGACAGUUGCUUUGGCGAGCCUUUUGCUACGCUUGGUAUACUAAAAGAAAUAUUUAAAAUCUCUUUUUUAUGUAAAACAGAUCUAAUAAAUAUAUCACGUUUAGCUGUA